AAAAGUGCGAAUGUCGAUUGUCGCGCGCGUUUGCCCGGGCGAUUGUCGUGUCGUGGAUUGUCGUUAGGUGAUCGAUGAGACCGUAAGACGCGUUUAGUUGCCGCGCUCUCUUAUCUAGCUCCGACGAAGGCAGCCUUCUAUACCAGUGUGUAUAAAGGUUGCUUCUCAACGAGGUGAACGAUCCGCCGUGCCGUGCCGCGCCGCGCAUCCUAUCGCCAGACGCUUCUCUCAUUCCCAUUCUCUCAUUCUCGUCGGGAUCCCAUAACCUCUGCUCUACUUGCCCAGGCUCGCACCUUUUCGCUGUCUUUCACUUUCUCUCUUGCGCGCGUGUGAAAUCACGAUGACGAGAUUGCUCUAUGUCGUUUUCAUCACCCUGGCCUGCAUCAAUGGCACCUUCGGAGACGGGCUCAAGUGUAUACUUAAACCUGCUGAUAUACCAACAUCAUGGAUAGACAUGACUGAUCCGUGUACAAAAAUCAUGGAGUCUCAAGUUAAAACCGAGAUGGAAGCAGCCAUGAAAUAUCUUGCGAUGGGUGCCCAUUUUGCACGUGAUACGAUAAAUCGCCCAGGUUUUAGCAAAUUCUUUUUCGAAAGCGCGAGCGAAGAAAGAGAGCAUGCGAUAAAGAUCAUCGAAUAUCUGCUAAUGCGUGGACAACUUACAAAUGACGUUAGCAAGCUUCUAAAGUAUCCUUUGACUACCAACAAUACAAAUCCCAUACGCCAGGAAUGGAACAGUGGAGAAGAAGCUCUCACCGACGCUUUGAAAUUAGAGGCUCAAGUUACGCGCAGCAUUCGUGAAAUAAUUAUAACUUGCGAAAAUCCAAAAACAUCCUCUUUCAACGAUUACCACUUGGUCGACUACCUCACUUCCGAUUUCUUGGAUGAACAAUAUAAAGGGCAACGCAAUCUCGCCGGCAAAAUCUCAGUAUUGGGUAAAAUGAUGCAAGCGCAUGGACCUUUGGGAGAAUUUUUAUUCGAUAAGAAAUUGUUGAACGGUGAAGUCUAGGUAUUUUUGUGACAUCAAAAGAAGCCGAAAUUCACAGCUCGAGAUAUAUAUUCUUUUCUAUAAAUAUAUAAAAUUUAUAAAAUUAUAAUGGCCACAUUUAGAAUUUCCAUUGUAUAAUUCAGAUUUUUACAUUAUGCAUCCUUGUUUAUACUUAUUAUAGAAUACGAGAUGUAAUAAUAUUUUUCGUUUCGAGCAUAUUUCUAAAUGUGACCUGUAAUAUUAUAGGGAGUAUGUGGAGCGUAAUGUUUACAAUGUUUGUUAAUCCAUAAUAAGUAUAUUAUCCUUGAUAAAAAAAUAAAUAAAUAUUAUUUUGAGA